AUCCGUUUCGCGCGUGUACAGAAAAGUCCUUUCCAUCUCCAGAUUCCCUUCUUCCCUCUGCCCCUAGCUCCACCGCCUGCAGGAACACAGGGCUCAGCAACGGGCCCAAGCUACGAUUCCCGGAGCCAGACAUGUGCGUAGCGCCCCAAACAACUUGUCAAAAAGACGUCUGCAGAGAGACGUACAGCGCUGUAGCCUUCCAGCGAGGCCACCAUGCAGACCCAGCUACGAAAGGUAAAACCAAACCAGCGGAAAAGUCACAGCCAAAACCAGCCCGCACCAGCCCUCUUCACUUUCAGCGGGGUGGGAGCGGAAGUCCGGGUGGGUCAUAGAGUUCUCUAGCUCUGGUUUCCGGGCUGCGUUCGGGACUACACCGCCUCUCUUCCCCCAGGCGUCCCCGAAGUCCUGGUGGUUUCUAUUUCCGGGUGCGUCUUCUGUCAUAAAGCCGAGACCUCUCUUCAAACGUGGCGUCGCAGGUUCUUAGCGCCUCGCCUGGAGUCAGCGAGCAAGGACGGGCGCGGGCGGGGAUACUCAAAGUCAACAGCUGAAGCCAGUCCUCGUGUCCCGGUCUCACACUGGCACGACUGCAUCCUCAGAGUCGGCUGGCUUUUGAGCGGUCACGAUUGGGGAGGAGGAGGAUUUCUCGUUCGCAGCACCAGGACUGCAGCUCCAGAGGAUCGCGUUCCUUCCCCCAUAUCUGCCCCCCCAGUCACGCUCUGCCCUGAGGUGCAGCAUUUGACAAGUUACCCCCUUGCCACAUACCACUUCUACCCACGUCCGAGUUAGCUUUGUUCUUAACCUUUUUGAAACUCCCCUCCGCCUCCAGAACAGGUCUUUUUUUUCGCUAGCUCAUUUUUGCCCAUAAAAUUGAGUUUCGAGUUUUAGAUAUCAUACAGAAAGUUUACCUUUAAGACCGAGCACCCAUCUGAUACCCUUCCUCCCGAAAAAGUUCAUGCUCACGAGAGAGUUUGUGGGAAAAGCGAAAGCCAGUCAACACAGGAAACUAUGGCUGAGCACGGGGCUCACAUCACAACUGCUUCUGUGGCCGAUGACCAGCCAUCCAUCUUCGAGGUGGUAGCACAGGACAGUUUAAUGACAGCAGUGAGACCUGCUCUUCAGCAUGUGGUCAAGGUUCUUGCAGAAUCAAAUCCCACUCACUAUGGCUUCUUGUGGAGGUGGUUUGAUGAAAUCUUUACUCUGCUAGAUCUUCUGCUCCAGCAGCAUUACCUGUCUAGAACUAGUGCCUCAUUUUCUGAAAACUUUUAUGGCUUAAAGAGAAUUGUAAUGGGGGACACUCACAAGUCUCAGAGGUUGGCCAGUGCUGGCCUCCCAAAGAAGCAGCUUUGGAAAUCAAUUAUGUUCCUGGUUCUUCUUCCCUAUCUGAAAGUGAAGCUGGAGAAGUUGGUUGCUAGCCUGAGAGAAGAGGAUGAAUAUUCUAUUCAUCCUCCUUCUUCCCGCCGGAAACAAUUUUACAGAGCCUUUCUGGCAGCCUACCCAUUUGUUAACAUGGCUUGGGAAGGAUGGUUUCUUGUACAACAACUUCGAUAUAUCCUAGGAAAAGCUCACCAUCACUCACCACUGCUCAGGCUGGCUGGAGUUCGGCUAGGUCGACUGACAGUUCAGGAUAUACAUGCUCUGGAGCACAAACCAGCUGAAGCCAGCGUGAUGCAGCAACCAGUCAGGAGUGUUAGUGAGAAGAUAAAGUCAGCUCUGAAGAAAGCUGUGGGAGGUGUUGCCUUAUCCCUGUCUACUGGCCUUUCUGUGGGUGUAUUCUUCUUGCAGUUCCUUGACUGGUGGUACUCAUCUGAAAAUCAAGAAACCAUCAAGUCAUUGACUGCCCUGCCUACUCCACCACCACCUGUACACCUAGACUAUAACUCGGAUUCUCCUCUCCUACCCAAAAUGAAGACUGUGUGCCCACUGUGUCGUAAAACCAGGGUGAAUGAUACUGUUCUUGCCACUUCUGGCUAUGUGUUUUGUUACCGCUGUGUGUUUCAUUAUGUGAGGAGUCACCAAGCUUGUCCCAUCACAGGUUAUCCAACAGAAGUACAACAUCUGAUUAAACUCUACUCCCCUGAGAACUGAAA